AUGACACCCAGCAGCCCACGCCUCCGUGUACGUGAAGUCCUCCCAGACCUCUUUCUUGGCUUCCAUGCCACUGGCCCACUGAAUUCUCUUACAGACGUACCUGGCGUCCUUGUCCACACCCAAUCUAUUCAUCGUCCAGCUGGCCAUGACCCCGCUCGCCCUGUGAGCGUCAUCAACACAGGUGUCACCACUAUCCUGCCUCGUCGUGACUGGUUUGAAAAAGGCUGCUACUCAGCCGUAUUCAGCUUCAAUGGUAGCGGCGAACUGACUGGGUCUCACUGGAUCAAUGAAACUGGACUACUGAAUAGCCCGAUCGUGCUGACGAAUAGCUUCGGUGUAGGUGCAUGCUACGAUGGCAUCUACCGCUAUGCUGUGCGGGAGUAUGGAGACAAAGUCACAGGAUUAGUGGAUUGGUUUCUCUUGCCUGUUGUUGGCGAGACCUAUGAUGGCUAUCUGAAUGAUAUCGGAGCUAUGCCUGUCACGGCAGACAUGGUAGUUGAGGGUAUCGAGCAGGCGAGUGCUGAGAAGGUCAAGGAGGGAAAUACUGGAGGCGGCACAGGCAUGACAACAAUGGGUUUUAAAGCUGGUACUGGAAGCGCGAGUCGCAAAGUCGAUGCCAUCAUCAGAGGACAUAGAACGGAAUUCACAAUCGGAGCACUUGUACAAUCUAACUUCGGCAAACCACGGAAUUUACGAUUUGGGCCUGCACCAGUCGGGAGGAUUUUAAAAAAAGAGAAAGACGAACACAAGAAUGCAGGAAACGUGCCAGAACGAAAGAAAGACGGCUCUAUCAUCGUCAUACUAGCGACCAAUGCACCUCUUCACCCGACUCAGCUUCAGCGUCUGAUCAAGCGUGCAACCGUUGGCAUAGCAAGGACAGGAGGUUUCGGCAGCAAUUCCUCCGGCGACAUCUUUCUUGCAUUUUCGACAGCGGCAGAGGUCCCACGAGAACCUCCGAUACGUGAUGGCAUGACUCCCCUUCAGGCUCAGUUCACCGCGAACGUGGAGCUGGGUGUGGAUGUCGUGCAGGACACGACGAUCAACGGACUAUUCGAGGCGGCGGCCGAGGCAGUUGAAGAGUCCAUACUGAACGCGCUAUGUAUGGCUGAGACGAUGGAAGGACCUAAUGGGGCUCGAGUCGAGGCUAUUGAUCUCGAGAAGUUAAAGAGUAUCGUCGAAAGGUAUGACGGAGGACGAUGA